AUGGGGAAGGCGAAGAAGACGAGGAAGUUCGCGGCUGUCAAGCGGCGCAUCAACCCGAAAGACGAGAGAUUGAAAAAGGACGACGACAAGAAGGCUUUGCGCGAGGCAAAGAAGAGACAGAGAGAAGAAACCAUCCGAGAGCAUGUGCAGGCCAACAGCAGCAUGUUCUUCCUGUACAACACGAACCUCGUUCCGCCUUACCAAGUGAUCGUCGAUACCAACUUUGUCAACGCGGCUAUUCAAAUCAAAACUGACGUCAUUAAGGGUUUGAUGGACUGCCUGGUCGCCAAGUGCAUCCCUUGCAUCACAGACUGCGCCGUGGCUGAGUUGGAAAAGCUCGGGCAUCGCUAUCGCCUCGCCCUCGCGCUCGCGAAAGAUCGCCGAUUCAAGCGGCUCACAUGUUGCCAUCCAGGCACUUACGCGGAUGACUGCAUUGUGCGGCGCGUAACGGAGCACAAGUGCUACAUUGUCGCGACGAACGAUAAAGACUUGAAGCGUCGCAUCCGCAAAAUUCCUGGGGUGCCUCUCAUCUACGUCAAAAACCACAAAUUCGCGGUCGAGCGCUUGCCCGAUGCGAUUGCCUCAGUGCCUUCGGCCUCGAAGUGA